UCCCGACGUUACGACACUAGAACGACGAUAUUCUCCCCAGAAGGUAAUAAUAACAAUAGUUAUACUUUGGAGUGUUGCUUUAUUUUGUAAGUCCCUAUACCAGUCGGUCGAUGCUCUGUUACAUUUUUGUAUUAAACCUUAUAGACUGCAUGACAAACUUUCCUAUCAUUCUUCAGAUUUCCAAGAUACAAUUCCUAUUUCAAACAGUUCUAUUUGCCCACCAUAAAGUGUACUUCUGGUAAUAAAGCCUUACUACAUGUAUGUUAGUCUAAAAUUCUCUGACUUUCUUGCCCUAUGAGACCUUAGGGAGCUUAAGUAAUGACGAUGACAACAGCAGUGAGAAGGGCAAAAAAGAAAUAGGUUUAUAUUAGCAAAACAACAACUUUGCAUCUGCAUCACGAUUUUUGUACAUUUCUUUGCUGUCAUUGCACAAAUAUAACGUGAAAGUGCCUAAUUUCACAUUUUUUUCGAGGACGGGAACACACGACAACAACUUGCUUAAGCUCCCUCUUAUAAACUAAGGUGGCAGAGACAAAGGUCCCCCGGUCCUACUUUAUUAUUAUUAUUAUUAUUAUUUUUAUUUUUAUUAUCAUCAUUAUUAUUAUUAUCACAUUUACAGAUCGAAAGCAGUAGAGCCUGCCUGAAUUAAUCUUUUUUUAGGAAUUUUUUUUAAAGAAUUAGGAAUUUAGGAAUAUGAUAUUUUAUUCUUUUUAACUUGUUUUCUUUUUAAAAUCAGAGACUGAUAAUUUUCUUUUGUCAUGACUUACUUUAAAACACUGGACUGCCUGCAAGAGUUAUUGAUUGCUUCUGAGCUGCAAGGAAUGUAUUUGGGAAAUCGUUAUUGACACAGUGAUUGUAUUUUUAUGAUUUAUAUAAUUCUCAGUGUUGUACAGCUGUAUAGUGCUUAAUUCUCACUUCAAAUAUUCCUGUAAAUAAUUAUGUACAUAUUUUAAAGUUGAAUAAAAAUUAUCUCUUCUGUCACAGUCUUUUCUGGUGUUCUUUAUUGUUAUUAUUUAUUUUAUUAUUAGUAGUAGUAUUUUGUUUUCUCCUUUAAAUAGUGUCACUGUAGAAUUUCAUCCUUAUGAAAUUUCUCAUUGUGAUUUGCUGCCUUUGUAAACAGGGCGACUUUAUCAAGUGGAAUAUGCCAUGGAGGCGGUUGGUCAUGCUGGCAUUUGUUUGGGGAUCCUAGCCAAUGAUGGUAUUGUUUUGGCUGCAGAGAGGAGAAAUACAAAUAAACUCCUUGAUGAAGUGUUUGCCUCAGAAAAGAUUUACAAGCUCCACGAGUAAGUUUUUAAGAAAUUUGUUGUUUGCAGGAUGUGUGAGAGAAAUAGUGUUAAUUAUGUAGUGUUUAGGGUUCUCAAUAGCAACUGGCACCUGGCAAUUGAUUGCUGCCCACUUUGGACUUUUUAGCUGCUUACUUUACAUUCUAUUUGCUGCUUUUCCCUCCCUAGUUUACAGUCCCUCCAUUUGUCACAGCUGCCUACUUCAAAUCCUAUUGAGAACCCUCAGUGUUAUUUAACUGUAGUAACCGGUGAUCAAAAUAUUUUUUUUAUCCAUCCAGAGUGGAAAAGUAAUGUGAUAUUUUAUUCACAAUAGAGGAUCUGUGAAGUAAUACCUGGCCAUACUGGCAGUUAAACUACAACUUUACAUGUGUCUUUGGUAUGGUUUUAUUAAUAUGAUUAUAACAGCAUAUGGCAUGUAUGAAAUUCAUUUUUCAGCGACUUGGCUUGCAGUGUGGCUGGUAUAACAUCAGAUGCUAAUGUGCUCACAAACCAACUUAGACUUAUAGCUCAAAGGUACUGUCAACCACCCUUAAGCUAGUUUACACAAUACAUCAGGGUGCAAAGAAAGUCAGUUUUACAGCUUGCCAUUCAUGCAAGCUGUAGUUAGCAUGUGCUAGCCGAAAAGUCAUUUUAACUAGCCCGAUGAUAAGCAGGGUUGAUAACAGUUCUUUUGUGAUUUGAAUUUCUUAAAAGAUUUCACUUGCCAGGCGGGCAGGUUAAGAACAGAAUUCACUAGCCCAAUAAUAAAAUCCAUUAGCCCCAGGCUAUUGGAUACUACUUUCUUUGCGCACUGAUACAUGUUGUUGGUGUGAUCUGUCAUGUGCUUUAUUAACAUGUUAUUAUUAUAAUAAUUGUCAAUAAACUAUUUAUCACUCCAAUCUUCUAUCUAAAGGGAAGACAAGUUUUAAUAGUGGAUUAAAAUAUAAGAUAAGGUCAUAAUGGUAUGUGUUUGUCAAAUGUUUUCUUUAUAAAGUGGUGCCAACAAAUAAUACAUUGUAUUGUGUAAACUAGCCUGUAAUAUUAUUUUAAAAUUUGUUUCAGCUUAAUGGAUUUGUAAUUGCAUCAAGGUGUUACUUACAUUUUUAAAAGUUGACCACUGUUUUAGUCGGAGAAACUAAUUCCCCUCUUGAAUGGUUAAUGCUUGAAACAUCAGCAUACUCUACGUUAUUCACUUAAUUCUGUUCCAUGUUAUACUAAUAAUGGAUUAUGUUCACUCACUGGUUACCUGUAUCUAUCUUCGAGAUAGUAGACUUAAGUGCAGUUUAUACAAAUCAUUCUCUUUUUUGUAUGUUUUAAGUAAAUUUACUGAGUGUUAAGCACCCAGUUAGUAACAGUUUUAAAGUGUCACAUAAGUUUUUUUUGACAUUAUGGUAUUUUAAAGCCAUGUAAUUUGGUUCACCCUUUGGCAGAUAUUUACUUCAGUUUCAAGAGGCAAUUCCCUGCGAACAGUUAGUCAGUUCACUGUGUGAUGUCAAACAGGCCUACACACAAUUCGGAGGUGAGAUCACUUAAUCCCUCAUCUUCCUAGUCCAAGUUUGUCAGUUACCUGCUUGAAAUAAAUUGCAACUGUGAUGUCCAGGACAGAGUUGUUCAAAACCCAAUUAGCUCUAAUCCUGGGUCAACUGUAAACAGAGUAUAUUAUGAGUAUAUUGUUGAUCAAUAUACAUGUAACAGUAACCCUAGAUUUGCACUAACCAUCCUACAAACAACUCUACCCAGGAUAACUUGCAGGGGUAAUGUAGCAACACUAGCACAGUCAAGUGCGCAAGAGUAGAGUACAUCCCUAUAGAAGGUUAAAAUCCUCUAGAUGCAAGCACAAGGAUCAAAUAUGCUUCUGCUUCUUGUUAUGUUUGCUUAAUAUGCUGCUAUGCAAUACAUUCAUACUUCUGCUUGUAUCAUGCUUGUGUGGUAGUGAAAACCAGGUUUUGAUGAUUUCAGCAAAAAAUUGCUUUGUGUUACAUGUACACCCUCUGAAAUGGGGGUUGUCUUGUAAUGUUUUAGUUGCUCCAAAUGUUGUGAAAAGUAUUGUUAAUUUAGUUCUCCCUCUGGUAAUAUCAUAACAAUUGUGACAAUGCUGCACUACUGUGUUUUUCGUUUUGUUUUUGACAUACACUUGUAUUAUUGCAUGGAAAAUUGCAGUGCAUGUUAAUUAUACCUGGCAAAAUCCCAUGAAUUUCCUCUCGCAACCUAUUUCUGUAUGUGUUUGUUUAAGAAGGCAAUCAAUAGUUUUUAAAUCAUCGAUUUUGUGAUUCUAUUUUAUGUUAUAAGAGUGUUAUUUUACAAGGAAUUUCCCCCUUGUCUUUCUUUUGCAGGUCUGAGACCAUUUGGUGUUUCUAUUCUGUAUAUGGGAUGGGAUAAACAUUAUGGUUUUCAGUUGUAUCAAAGUGACCCAAGUGGAAAUUAUAGUGGGUGGAAGGCAACAUGCAUUGGAAACAACAGUGUGGUAAGUUUAUAAUCAAGGUGUACAGAGUUUUCCAUCAUUUAAUUGGCAUAUCAUGCAAUCAAUUGGGAAUCCUUGUGAGAUCUAAGGCCACAUUCCACCACAGAGAUCCAAAAAACCUUUGUUGAGUCCAGAGAUUUAAGCAGUCAUGUCUAUAUCGGGCUAACCAUGUAAUUAAAUACUCUACAGAGUACAUUCAAAGGGCACUCCUCUGACAAUGCAAGAACUUAGUUCAUAAUCUUGGGUUCCCUGUACUAUUAUUUUUGUAUACCUUUUCAGCACUAUCUUGAAUGCUUAAGCCUUGGUGUCGAGUGGCACUAAAAUGGCAGCUCAGAAAGCUGUCAAUUGAUAAAAGUGGCUUUAGCUUCUGAGAGUAAGCAUUGUUUAAGUGAGGUCUUAAUUGAGCAGCUUUACACCUUAUUUAAACUAAAAGUUAAAAAUUAUCCGAGCUUUCACCAAUCAACAGCAUCAUCAGGGAUAAGAAGAUAAGAAGUUUUGUUUUCUGCCAUCUGAACAUUCCUUGUAUUAGAUUAAGUAUUAAAUUAUUUUAUUGUUUUAUGAACUCUGGAAUGAUAACUAAUCACUGACGCGCUUCCAUGCAACAUGAAAAAAGCACAUCCAACAGAGAGAAACUCUAACCUUUGACAUGCUCAAUAAACUGCAUUACUUUUUCUAUGCUGUGUAAACUCAUUCAGCCACUAAAAUGAUUCAGUCAUGUGAGUUUGACUUCAUCUCCAAGGACUCGGAGUCUUCUCUUACACACUUUUUAUCUUGCAAUAAUUUCUUUCUUUUUUUUGCUGUUUGUAAUGUAGGCAGCAGUUUCUAUGCUUAAACAAGAGUACAAAGAAGGAGAAAUGACAUUGAAAGAUGCUCUGAAACUAGCUGUCAAAGUGCUCGAUAAGACUUUGGAUAUCACCAAACUAACUCCCGAUAAAGGUUAGUUCCUAGAGUGAUAUGUGGACACUUUGUAAGUCUUCCUAGUCACACAGUAAUGUGGUUAACAUUUUGCAUUUACCUAAAGUGUGCAGUGCAUAGAGGCCCAGCAAUGGUUCAGACUAGAAGGCCCAUGGAUCUACGAUUAUGACCUUGUUCUUUCCAGAGCAAGAAAAUUAUUUCCAGAUUGUCUUUAUAGACAAUAACUGACUUUGACUCCAUGAAAACAGAGGAGGUACUCUUAGUUAAUGGGUUAAUGCUGUCCCCCUCCAUAUGUCUCUCAAGACUCUUUGUAUCAUAUGGUCAUGAGCAUUAAUUUAUCAUUGUUUCUACUAAUAAGUAACUACCAUGGAUGAGAGAUGAUGACACAUAAAAAUAUGAUAUCUAAGAAAAGUAAAUCUCAUCACCAACACAGAUAUUAUUUGCCGUAAAGAGAAUAAUAUUACCUUUUUUUAAGUCUCGUGUAUUAAAAUUUAAUAUACAUUUUCUGUGCAGUCUGUUCUUAAGCUCGAUUCUGUUCUGUUUUAGUUGAGUUUUCCACCCUGACACGAGAGAAUGGCAGAACAAAGAUCAAGAUUCUUGGAGCACAAGAAGUUGAAAAACUAAUCAACGAACAUGAGCAAGUGAAGGCAGAAGAAGCCAAGCAAGCAGCUGCCAAGAAAUAG